UCCCUCCCACCUUGCUAAUCUUUUCUGCUGCGCGGUGAAAACUGCUCCUUAUCUUCCAGCUUCAGUCCAGCUCUGAGACAACACACAAUCAUGUCCACCAAGGUCGCCGUCGUCACCGGAAGCAACAAAGGCAUCGGGUUCGCCAUCGUCAGAGCGCUUUGCAAGCAGUUCCAGGGGGACGUUUACAUCACCUCCAGAGAUGUUGGGCGGGGUCAGGCGGCCGUGGAGUCUCUGGCCUCUGAGGGACUGAAGCCGUUGUUUCACCAGCUGGACAUCAAUGACCUGAACAGCAUCAUCACAGCUGCCGCUUUCUUCAAGGAGAAGUACGGAGGAGUGGACGUCCUCAUCAACAACGCCGCCAUAGCUUUCAAAGUGGCCGACACGACUCCUUUUGCAACCCAGGCUGAGGUCACAAUGAAAACCAAUUUCUUUGCCACCAGAGACAUGUUGACUCACUUCAUGCCUCUCAUCAAAGCUGGAGGCCGAGUGGUGAACGUUUCCAGCUUUGUCGGCUCUCGUACUUUGAACAACUGCAGCCCAGAGCUCCAGCAGCGUUUCCGCAGCGAGGACCUCACAGAGGACGAGCUGGUGGGACUCAUGCAGCGAUUCGUGGAGAAAGCCAAAAAAGACGAGCACAAGCAGGACGGCUGGCCUGAGACUGCAUAUGGCGUGUCCAAAACCGGACUGACGGUAGGAUUUCCUGUUCAGCUGAAUUCAUCCCUCCUCACAGACAACUUUUCCUUUAAUCU